GUCUCACUUCUUCAGUGAUCAAAAUGCCUGUGGAGACACUUCACUUUGAUGCCAUUCUAUUCGACAUGGAUGGAACACUAGUGGAUUCCACCGAUGGUGUCGCUGGUGCUUGGCAUGUAUUUUCCGAGACAUACCCGGGCAUAGACGUCCAUGACAUCCUCAGCUCAUCUCAUGGCGUCCGUACCGUUGAAAAUCUGCGCACUCAUUGCGGCGUAACGGAUCCAGAUGAACUUGAGAGAGAAGCAAUGCGAUUUGAACAAGAAAUUGUCAACGCUGCCUUUAAGGAAGGCAGAAGAGGUAUCGUUGCUUUGCCUGGUGUUCGUGAGAUCAUGGCAGAGAUUGCUCCUGGUGGCAAGCUCCCUGAGAAACGUUGGGCCAUCUGCACAUCCGCCACGAGGUCAUAUGCUACCUCUGCGCUCAAAGCAGCGGGAGUACCCCAGCCUGACAUUUUCGUUGUCUCGGAAGAUGUCGAGAAGGGAAAGCCUGAGCCUGAUCCAUAUCUUCUUGGGGCAAAGAAAUGCGGCGUUGACCCAGCAAAGUGCUUGGUGGCGGAGGACGCUCCAGCUGGUGUACGUAGUGGCAACGCUGCGGGCUGCAAGACGCUCGCUGUGAUUACUUCACAUACUAGGGAACAGCUGGAAGCCGCCAAACCGGACUAUAUUGUAAAAGAUCUCUCGAGUGUGACAAUGAAGUUGGGAGAGAAUGGUGGUGUCGAUGUAACGAUAAAUCAUGACUGAGGCAUUUCUUUCAAGCCAUAAUAUUAGACAACAAGCCAACGUAGAGCGAUACCUGAGUGCUAGACAUCCAUUUUAACAUGUCAUUUAGAGAACUACUUGAUUUUCCUAUAUAGAUCUACUGGGCGACGGAAUCCUACAUAACGAAUGUACCGUCAGAUAGUGCAUAUCAUACAUGCAUGCAGGUACUUACCACCUUCGCCAGC